GAGAAAGUGGCUUCCGAUGUAUCUGACACCAAAGUGAAAACGCCGUGAGAGAACUCAGCAUCACUGCAAUGAUCAUUUAAUUCUUCAAUCAAGUCCCAAGAAGUAGUUCCAAUGAUGAAAUAACUGUGACCUCUGUACGUGCUUUUUAUAUACUGUUAGACUACAUCGAACGUGAGCGAAUUUUAAUGAAAUUCUGUGUUUAGUGUAUCGGGUAAUUGUCCGGUUUUGAAACAAAUGAGAGACACUUAACGAAUCGAGAACAAUGACGGUGUCUAUGGAGAGGAAAGGGCACAGGAAAAACUCGUGGGAUUCCAAGAUGUCAAUCAGUACAGUGAGUUCAGGUACAAGACGAUUUAGAAAAUCUCCUAGUUCAAUUCUCUCUUCUGACUCGGACAUAAGGUUCACGAGAAAAAAGCUGACAUCUCAGUACAAAUGCGGAUGCUGCAUUAUUGCCACAUUUCUUCUCUUUCUGCUCUUAGCAGCCACAGCUGUAUACUUAGGAUAUACAUUUUUUCUUCCUCAAAAUCCAGACGAACAGAUUUUCAGAGCAACCUUUAGGGUGAUAGAGGGUGAUACCUUCUCUUCCGAUCUGGCAGAUCCUAGUACAAAUAAGUUUAAGAAUAGGUCACGUGAUUAUAGAGAAAGGCUGAAUCUGCUGUUCAGGAGGAGCUCAGUAAAGCAUGGUUAUAUGGGUACUGAGGUGCUUGCGUUGGAUGGAACGGAAGACAAAGAUCUCAUAGUCCACUUCAACAUUCACAUCGACCCUUACUACGUAAACAUAAAGGCCAAGGACUUAGAAGCCAUCUUAGCCAAUGAAAUUUCUGUGGAAGAAUCUCUAUUCUUCAAGAAUCUCACAAUCGACUCUACGAGUCUGGAGGUUAUUCCUAGUGAUGUUCUUCCUAGAACUGGAACAACUACCAACCCAACAACACUGUCUCAGGCUGUGACGAAGGCACCCGACCCUCCCAGGAGAUGGAUAUUAGGGAAAAGUUUCUGCAGGGAUUUCAUGGCUGGAUGCGGAAGCCGACUGCAAGGGAAGAUUAAGGAAUCUCUGGACUGCAGUAGAUUUCCAGAGUUUGGCAAAGACGGAAAUUGCUUCACGAAGCCAGGAUGUGUCGAUGAACUUCAAUCUAGAGCUUUGUCCCCACGAAUUUGUGAUGGCGUCAUAGAUUGUCAAGAUGUCUCUGAUGAAAAAAGUUGCAGCUACUGCCCUAAAAACCACCUCCAUUGUGGCAUAGGAAGAGCGUGUAUUCACAGAUCAAGAAGAUGCGACGGUCACGUUGACUGUCCAGAUGGAAGUGAUGAAAGAGGAUGCUUGAGCCUAGCCCCAAGCGUGGACAUCAUACAGAAAGCUGAAGUCGUGACACCACACCUUUCACGGUACAAUUCAGAGGGAUUCAUUAUUUUCAAUGAAAAAGGAGAAGUCGGAAAAUUGUGCACAGAAAAUAUCAACAGAAGUUUGCCAGCCAAUCAGACGUUCGCGGUUCUUCACGCAGUUGCAUCUUCGCUUUGUAAAACUUUGACUUACGAGAACGUGUUAUCGGUGAAUGUGGAGGUGGACUUCGAAAAUGGCAUCUCAUAUGUGAGAAUGAAAAAUCCCACAGCUCCAGAGAUCAGUUUCAUUAGAUCUGAAUGCCCAUCGAAACAAGUACUCAAAGUUUCUUGUUCAGAAUUACAGUGUGGAAUUCAAAAUACGCAUGGACCAACCGGAAUUAAGGUACUGACUAAGAUGGCUUCUCACGGUGAUUGGCCAUGGCAUGCUGCACUUUUUAAAGAAGAUGUUCAUAUAUGUGAUGGAACUUUGGUAUCUCCGAAUUGGAUAGCAACGUCUACGUCUUGUUUUCAAGGUCAACCAAAAGCUGAAUGGACUGCCAGAUUCGGAGUUACUCGUUUGUCAAGUUCAACGCCUUGGGAGCAAGAGAGAAUGAUAAUCGGAAUGAUAAAGUCACCGGUAGAGGGCAGCACCAUAGCUUUGAUCAGACUCAACGAACCAGUGAUCAUGAACGAUUUUGUGAGGCCAAUUUGCCUUCACGAUGAAAACACCGGCUUAAUAUUGAAUAAAGCUCAUUGCAAUACCUUGGGAUGGACUAGAAAUAGGGAACAAAUGCAGAGGGUGCAAGUUAAGGUGACUGACAUGGAAAAAUGUGAAAAUGUCAGCAUUUCGAAUGUGAAUAGCAUUUGCACUGAAACAGCGAUUGGCCAAAAUGAUUGCAAUGAAGAAGAAUUUGCAGGGAGUCCAAUGAUGUGCCAGAAUGGAGAAAAUGAAAAAUGGACAUUGGUUGGAAUAACAAACUGGAGGAUAGCUUGUGCGAAAAAUGGACUGGAAAGGCCCAGAAUGUAUGAUAAAAUUUCCUCAAACGUCAACUGGAUCAGAGAAAGUAUAUCUUCUAUCGAUACUUGAAAAACUGUUGGAGAUAUAAGUGCCAAAAUACAAUAACGAGAAUUGCCAAACUGAUUUUUUUCAGACUGACAAAAAGUUUUAUAGAAUUUUCAUAGGUUGAUGUAUAUAUACUGUUUGUGUAGAAGGCAGAUGAACGAUUUUUUAUUUAUACUGUGAGAUGUUGAGGAAAAAGACAAAUGUUCGAGUAGUUAUUUUAUAUUUACAGAAUUAAUUUGGACACAUAUAAAUGAUGUUUCAAUAAAUAAUUCGUACUUAUUAAUAGUACCUUAAAUAAUAAAUGUGAAUAUGUAUAGAUGAUUCUUGAAUGUAAUUUCAAUAUUUAAAUUUUUAUACAAUAAAAUUUGUACAUUUUAGUA